AUGCCUGAAACUUCAUCAACUCACACUAAACUAAAAUCAUGAAAAUCACCCUCUCCAAAUGUGUGUUCAUCAUUCUAUUGAUACAUGCAUCUCAGGUUUUCGCAGAGUAUGAAGAAACAGUGGUGUGCACCAACAAAAAGAGCCCAUGUUUUCUCAAUAGAAUAACCUGCCCCAAGCAAUGCCCGACCCGAAAGCCCAAGGAUCCCAAGGCGAAAGCGUGCUUCAUCAAUUGCGAAUCUCCAAUCUGCAAGGCUGAAUGCAGACGCAGGAAGCCUAGCUGCAACGGCGUUGGAGCAGCGUGCUACGAUCCGCGCUUCAUUGGCGCAGACGGCUCUGUCUUCUACUUCCACGGAAAGAGCAGCGAGCACUUCACCUUGGUCUCAGACACCAACCUACAGAUCAACGCCCGCUUCAUAGGCCAUCGCCCUGCAGGAAAGACCCGAGACUACACAUGGAUCCAGUCACUAGGUAUCCUUUUCGGGCCCCACAGCCUCUCCGUGGAGGCAACCAAAACAGCAAAAUGGGACAGCAGGAUAGACCACUUGAGAUUUUUAUACAAUGGCAAUGAGGUCGCCUUGCCCCAAGGCUUUCUGUCUUCCUGGAAGUCUGAAGGGGGUGAGGCGACACUGGAGAGGGUAGCGAGCGCUAACAGCGCAAUCAUAUCCAUCCCGGGGAUCGUGGAGAUCGGGGUGAAUGCAGUCCCUAUCACAAGAGAAGAUGACAGGAUUCAUAACUAUCAGAUACCAGAUAAUGACUGCUUUGCGCAUCUGGAGGUGCAGUUUAGGUUUAUGGAUCUGUCGGGGGAUGUCGAGGGCGUGCUUGGCCGGACGUAUAGGCCGGACUACGAAAGCCAUGCGAGGCUCGGCAUUGCAAUGCCGGUGGUGGGAGGGGAGGAUAACUACAGAACUACAUCUCUUCUUGCACCGGACUGCAAAAAAUGUGUGUUUUCUUCGAUCAACAACGAGGGUGGAGGGGCGGCCCGAGCCUCGAUCAACCGUGGAAAUGGAAGGAUGGACUGCUCUGAUAGAUUCUCUGGUGGAAAUGGGAUUGCCUGCAAGAAAUGAUCUUGUACAAGAUGAAUGUUUGUGUUUUCAGUAUUAAGAUGCUUUCUUUCUUUCUUUAUGAAAUUUGUUUUUAUUUUGUU